AUGGGUUGGAUGGAAAAUACCAACCGCAAGAUCGCGGCCAGCCCCGUCGGUCGUUGGUUUCAGCUCGAUGGCUCAGGUCAUCCUCGCGAGCGCAAGGGCUCUGCCUUUUUCACUGAGAUCCGAGCCGGCCUUGCCACCUUCUUUGCCAUGGCCUACAUUAUUGCCGUGAACUCCUCCAUCGUCUCCGAAUCCGGCGGCACUUGCGUUUGCAACACUUUCGAUGAUGCCGGGCUGUGCGUGCCAGAUGAUGACUAUCGCCUGUGUGUUGCGGGAAUCAAGCGUGAUGCUGUUACCGCUACAGCUGCUAUUUCCGCCCUCGCCUCUUUCUUCAUGGGUCUCUGUUCCAAUCUUCCUGUCGGUCUCGCUCCUGGAAUGGGUUUGAACGCGUAUUUCACCUAUACUGUCGUUGGUCCUAACGGAAAUGGUCCGGUUCCCUAUGAAGUCGCCCUCACUGCCAUCUUCAUCGAGGGCUUCAUCUUCUUCGGUCUUGCACUCUUUGGUAUGCGACAGUGGCUUGCUCGUGCUAUUCCUCGCUGCAUCAAGCUUGCCACCAGUGUCGGUAUUGGCCUCUUCCUUACCCUCAUCGGUUUGACCUAUAGCGAGGGUAUCGGUCUGAUUGUGGGUGCCACUUCGACACCAAUGGAGCUUGCAGGCUGCCCCGAGGAUACGAAGGUCGACGGACUAUGCCCUUCCUCGCAUAAGAUGCGAAACCCUACCAUGUGGAUCGGCAUCUUCUGUGGUGGUAUCUUCACCGUGUUGCUCAUGCUGUACCGCGUGAAGGGCGCUGUCAUUGCCGGAAUCCUCCUUGUCAGCAUCAUCUCCUGGCCUCGAGAUACUCCUGUCACUUACUUCCCCUAUGACCCCAUCGGCAGUGAUCGGUUCGACUUCUUCAAGAAGGUGGUUGACUUCCAUAAGAUCGAAAACACGCUCAACGUCCUCAAGUUCGACAUUUCUGGUCACGGUGGCCAGUUUGGACUCGCCCUCAUCACCUUCUUGUAUGUCGACAUUUUGGACUGCACGGGUACUCUCUACGGUAUGGCCCGUUUCGCCAACGUCGUCGACCCUGUCACCCAGGACUUUGAGGGUUCCUCGAUUGCAUACAUGGUAGAUGCCCUUAGCAUCUCCAUUGGUGCCGUCUUUGGUGUUCCUCCCGUCACUGCCUUUGUUGAGUCUGGUGCUGGUAUUUCUGAGGGUGGAAAGACUGGAUUAACCGCGAUGGUUGCCGGCAUCUGCUUCUUCAUCUCCAUCUUCUUCGCGCCUAUUUUUGCAUCUAUCCCCCCUUGGGCCACCGGCUGCGUUCUGGUCCUCGUCGGUUCUAUGAUGGUCAGCGCAGUUACUGAGAUCAACUGGAGGUACAUGGGUGAUGCGGUGCCAGCAUUCCUCACCAUCGCCAUCAUGCCUUUCGCGUACUCGAUCGCCGAUGGUUUGAUUGCUGGAAUCUGCACCUACAUGCUGCUCAACACUGUUGUUUGGCUCAUCAAGGUUGCGAGCGGCGGUCGCAUUGUGCCUCCCAACUAUGAUGAGCGGGAUGGUUGGACCUGGCGCAUUCCCGGCGGCGUUUUCCCCCCGUGGACUGUCCGACUUUUCCGUGGCAAGAAGGACUUCUGGCGCGAAGACCCUCCUGCUGCCGACACGACUGAUAACCAGGUGACGGUUCCUGAGAGGGAGACCAGCUCCGAUCACGGCGGUUCCGAGGGCAAGGUGGCCGAGACGACUGUGCCUCGGGAAAAGGAGAUCUAG